GUUUGGUGUGAAGCUCGCGCUCACUACUUACUCUAGCACUGCUCACUUUCCACGUGGGACUUUAUCUUGAGCAGGUCAUUACUACCUUGUCUGUGUAGUACAUUGGAUCAACCAGUUGUGUAUGGAGUAGAUGACCAGAUUUCUCGCUUGGAUAAAUAUCACAGAGUUCAAUCACCAUUAAAUGUCCAUGCAAUACAGCGUGUGUGGAACAAAGGAACAUAGCGAAUAGAGGAGGGGCGCUUGCUUGAGACCUACUUGGAAUAAUGUGAGAGAUUUCGUUUGACCAGAGGACACUGUCCAGGAUUUGAGAACCAAGUCUCAGACCAAUGAAUCCAAGCUUGGGUGCUUGAUUAAUUCCUCUGUAGCCCAUCCUCAAUGUACGAUGGAGAGAGAACUGCUUUUGGAUUGUGGGUAGCCGAGAAGGAGGGAGAGAAGAGGUGAAAGUCCUUGUGGACAGCGUGACAUCUUCAGCUGUUCUGUCUCUUAGUCAAGACUUUUUGGUGGACAGCGUGACAUCUUCAGCUGUUCUGUCUCUUAGUCAAGACUUUUUGGUGGACAGCGUGACAUCUUCAGCUGUUCUGUGACAGCGUGACAUCUUCAGCUGUUCUGUCUCUUAGUCAAGACUUUUUGGUGGACAGCGUGACAUCUUCAGCUGUUCUGUGACAGCGUGACAUCUUCAGCUGUUCUGUCUCUUAGUCAAGACUUUUUGGUGGACAGCGUGACAUCUUCAGCUGUUCUGUCUCUUAGUCAAGACUUUUUGGUGGACAGCGUGACAUCUUCAGCUGUUCUGUCUCUUAGUCAAGACUUUUUGGUGGACAGCGUGACAUCUUCAGCUGUUCUGUCUCUUAGUCAAGACUUUUUGGACAUUAAGGGAAGAAGGAUUCUAAAAGUGAUCUAUUCACCAGGUACGGCAGUGGACGAUGCCUAUGUCCAAUUCAAGUGAAUUUGUGCUAAAGGUCUGCCAUGUGUUGCUGCUGUUGUUGUUGGUUCCCCAACGCCGCCUAGCUAAGUUACACUUCCAGAACACCAAACAAGAUGCCAAGAAUGAACUAAACACCUUUACCAAUUCCUAUCUCAUAAUGCCAGACUUAGAGAUUAGUUAUUACCUGUUGAGAAACAGAGAGAGGAAAUUGUUAUUUAGGUUGGACGAAUCGGAUGAAGUGAGUUAUUUCAGUUUAACUGUAACUGCCUGCGGUGUUCAGGUCAAGUGGACGUUUGGUUAUCAAAUAUCAAGUACUAAUGAUUAUCCGUCGCCAGGGAAACUCACUGAGCUCUACAGAUAUGAAGGUGAAGGGAGACAAACCUAUAAUCAAGACAACCCUGCCAAGGCUGUCUAUCAGUUACUUAUUACUUCCCUUGAAAACGAUUCCUAUGUUAGGGUCUACCUGUCCUACGAUCAACUUUCCAUUUAUCCAAGCCUGCCACUUGACCCAAGAGUCCAUGUGUCCACCAACAACUCUUUACUCACUUUAAAUUGGCCACCGGCGGGCAGGCUAAAUGGACAGCCAAUUGAAUAUUGCUUGACAAUUAAUAGAGUGAAAAAUUUACCUACAUAUUGUGGUGCCAUGGCUUACCUGAGAGGCGACAAAAAACCUCGGCUUAUGUGGACUGAGCAUCUAGAACAAAGCUACUUAGAGAACCUGCACAAGGACGCCAGACCGUUAAAGAAAUGGGGAGGUAAUAAGCUGUUUCAUCAGUGUGUCAAUAACAAAACGUCCUUCACCUACGGCAAAGCCAGACGCGGGAAGACGUACUUCGUGGACGUGUACCUGAUUGGCAGACGAGACGCUGAACAAAAAGUCUCAAGUGCUUACAUCGGCACCAUGGUCAAAAUCAGAAGAAUCAAGAAUACGUCUACACUGCGUAUAAUGCUUGGUGAGACCAGAACAAUCAAACUCAAGUAUCACCACAAAGUGGUGCUUCAUCUGAACACAACUGUAAGCAAGCUAGCUAUCGAGGUGAUGCCAUGUGAGGGUAAAGUUCCAUUUACAAUCUAUCACAAUGGCAGGAGAAUCCAGAGAAAGACGUUAGUGAAACGUUGGCAUAGGCGACUUCUGCAGACCGCCCAGCCGGGUACGUAUAUCUUGUCAUUCCCUAGUUUGAAGAAAAAAACUUUUGUGACGAUUUCCAUUAAGGCAAACUCCACCAGGUCAAAGCUGGUCUUGCCGAGGACAUUUUUGAUCAAAGCUUCCCGCAAAACGAGGUCAUGCUCCAGCGUCAUGCUUGAAUGGACAGUGGCGUCUGUCAAGCAGAAGUAUUGUGUCUAUAAACGGGAAAUCAAACAACAUGAUUUGUUACGUCGCCGUUGCAUGAACGCAGAUAAACGUCCAGCCAAUGAGCGUGUAUCAUGUAUCUAUUCAAACAGUACCACGUUGGACACUGGUCAGAAGAUGUUUUACAAUGUCCAAGACUUGAAACAGGCGACACGCUAUCGCUUUGAUGUAUUUUUAAGUCGUGGCCAGUCGGCUUCCAUGUCCUACAAGAGUGUAACGGUCAAAACAAAACGCUGUAACAGUUCCAAAGGAUUAACAAAGUCUUAAGGACUAAACAUAUUGUGUCCCUUCAAAAGAAAAAGAAUAUAUUCCUGUCUGAUGGUGUCUUGAUGGAGAUGUUACUAAAGAACAGUGUAUAGCAUCUGAACAGCUCAGUUGACUGACCUAUAGAUCUGUGGUAUAAUUUAUACAUAUUUUGAUAUCUGUGUUCAUUGUUACCAGUGAAUGUUGCUGUCUAUGUUAAAAACUCAUCAUUUCUAUAUCUUCUGGAAAGGAGAGUGAUGGUCUAUGUUUAUACAUGAGUAUGAAAGUAUCCGCAUAAAUCUACAUGAAAACAAAAAUAUACUUGUAUCCAAUGCGAUUGUGAAGAAUUCAAAUACGAACAUUGUUGACAGUUUGCAUUAGAUUUGCCAAAAUAUAAUUAUGUCUGACGUAGGCCUUUUUUUAAUGUUGGCCGAUUCUUUUUAAUCUAGUAAAUAAUUUAGCAAUGAAUCAUGUGCCUGACUUUGUGUACGAUUUAGACGAGUUUCAGUCGCAUUGUUCGAUUUUUUUAAAGAUUCUUACAAUAAUGCAAACAUUAGCACACGUUUAAUGAUACUACCAACAUUAGCACACUUUUAAAGAUACUACCAAGAUAAGCUUCUUAGACUUUGGGAAUAUUAACUAGGAUAAUCCCUCCGGCAGCUUCGCAAAUGAGUUGGUGCUGAAUAUAAUGCGAAGCAUUCCGUUGGAUCACAUCAGUAAGGUCGAAAGAAGGACAAUGACGCAGUGGCCACCCAUGACCCCUUAAUCUAAGGCCUAGAAAUGAGCCCGGAGAGAAAACUUAGGUGUUGCUGCAAAGCGGUUAAAGAUACUAACAGCAUUAGCACAACUUUAAAGAUACUAUUAACAUUAGGAAGAAACUAAAGAUACCUUGUCACAAAACUGACUAUUUUAUCAAUAUUUGUUCACAUACUACCAACAAUGCUACCUAUCCCAUGAGUCAUUGAAAUGGCCCUCACAACAUCAAAAUAACUUUUAUCUGUUAAAUACCUCCUUGAAUACCGUAUGUUAAAAGUUGUAACACAUUUAAAAAGACUGAGGUGGUUCAAAGUCACUGACAAAAGUUAACAGAAAUAAACAGUUGGACUUUAAAUCUUUUUUUCAAGCUGUAAAGCUUUUUAAAUUGAACAGAAGUUGUCAACAUAAUGAAAACUAUUUGAAGUUUUCAAAUGACGUCAAAGAGAAGAAGACGAGAGACUCUAUUCUAGCUGAAAUGAAAUCAAAGAGAAGGGAACGAGAGACUCUAUUCUAGCUGAAAUUAAAUCAAAGAGAAUAGAACGAGAGACUCUAUUCUAGCUGAAAUGAAAUCAAAGAGAAGAAGACGAGAGACUCUAUUCUAGCUGAAAUGAAAUCAAAGAGAAGAAGACGAGAGACUCUAUUCUAGCUGAAAUUAAAUCAAAGAGAAUAGAACGAGAGACUCUAUUCUAGCUGAAAUGAAAUCAAAGGAAAGGGAACGAGACUCUAUUCUAGCUGAAAUGAAAUCAAAGAGAAGGGAACGAGAGACUCUAUUCUAGCUGAAAUGAAAUCAAAGAGAAUAGAACGAGAGACUCUAUUCUAGCUGAAAUGAAAUCAAAGAGUAGAAGACGAGAGACUCUAUUCUAGCUGAAAUGAAAUCAAAGAGAAGGGAACGAGAGACUCUAUUCUAGCUGAAAUUAAAUCAAAGAGAAUAGAACGAGAGACUCUAUUCUAGCUGAAAUGAAAUCAAAGGAAAGGGAACGAGACUCUAUUCUAGCUGAAAUGAAAUCAAAGAGAAGAAGACGAGAGACUCUAUUCUAGCUGAAAUUAAAUCAAAGAGAAUAGAACGAGAGACUCUAUUCUAGCUGAAAUGAAAUCAAAGAGAAGGGAACGAGAGACUCUAUUCUAGCUGAAAUGAAAUCAAAGAGAAGCUGAAAUGAAGUCAAAGAAAAGACACGAGAGACUCUAUUCUAGCUGAAAUGAAGUCAAAGGAAAGGGAACGAGAGACUCUAUUCUAGCUGAAAUGAAGUCAAAGAGAAGGGAACGAGAGACUCUAUUCUAGCUGAAAUGAAGUCAAAGGAAAGGGAACGAGAGACUCUAUUCUAGCUGAAAUGAAGUCAAAGAGAAGGGAACGAGAGACUCUAUUCUAGCUGAAAUGAAGUCAAAGAAAAGGGAACGAGAGACUCUAUUCUAGCUGAAAUGAAGUCAAAGAGAAGGGAGCGAGAGACUCUAUUCUAGCUGAAAUGAAAUCAAAGAGAAUGUGACGAGGCAUAGUAUGGCUAAAAGAACACACAACACAAUCUCUAACAUUUCGUGAACACGAGCACAUACAUACGAGUAACAAGCACAUGUAAACAUAAGAAUGACAACCGACACAGCAAAUAAUUUUCAUUACCAGCAAUGUUGGAUAUUAGUCGUAUUUUGUGUUUUGCUUGCAUGCCAUAUGCUGUGAAAGUCUUGUCUUUGCACAUCAGCAAGUCAGCUAUCUCUUCUUCUCUUCCUACCAGACCAUCUAGGACGUCCACAAAGGGCAAGUUAGUAAUUUGUUUUCAUCCAAUGCUUAUAAUAUCUUCGUAACCUUCGAAAGCAUUUUCCAUUAUCCUUUCAAGGAAGAUAUUGAAAAGAGUUGGUGAAAGUAAGCAGCUUUGGUCAAGAAAUUAACCUCACAGUUAGAUUUAGAAAUGAAGAUUGGCAGUUAAAAAUGUGCAUUGACUUAUAACUACAUAGUCUAAUCCAUUGUCUAAAGAGUUUACGGACUGAUAAGUAGUAUGUUAGACACACUGUAGCUUGUAGGCAACUCGUGUGUCAGACACAGUGCAGCUUACAAACAACUCAAGUGUCAGACACAGUGCAGCUUACAAACAACUCAAGUGUCAGACACAGUACAGCUUACAAGCAACUCAUGUGUCAGACACAGUGCAGCUUACAAGCAACUCAUGUGUCAGACACAGUACAGCUUACAAGCAACUCAUGUGUCAGACACAGUGCAGCUUACAAACAACUCAUGUGUCAGACACAGUACAGCUUACAAGCAACUCAUGUGUCAGACACAGUGCAGCUUACAAGCAACUCAUGUGUCAGACACAGUGCAGCUUACAAGCAACUCAUGUGUCAGACACAGUGCAGCUUACAAGCAACUCGUGUGUCAGACACAGUGGAGCUUACAAGCAACUCAUGUGUCAGACACACUUCAACAAGGAGAAAGUGGUGUUGAACCACGUCUAUUUUUCCACAUCUUAUGUCCUUGCCAUCUCUAUUGUGUUUCUAUUGCUAUAGCCACGUUUCAUUGCUUUAAGAUGGAUGUGUGGACUUGACAUCAAUGGAUGUGUGGACUUGACAUCAAUGGAUGUGUGGACUUGACAUCAAAACUAAGUGGAAACGGAAGAGAACAAUCAAAACAGCAGGAUUGAGUAUCCAAUACGUUGCACAAUCGAUUGAGUAUCCAAUACGUUGCACAAUCGAUUGAGCAUCCAAUACGUUGCACAAUCGAUUGAGUAUCCAAUUUGUUGCACAAUUGAUUAAGUAUCCAACUCGUGGCACAAUCGAUUGAUUAUCCAACUCGUGGCACAAUUGAUUGAGUAUCCAAUUCGUUGCACAAAUGAUUGAGUAUCCAAUUCGUUGCACAAUCGAUUGAGUAUCCAACUCGUGACACAAUCGAUUGAGUAUCCAAUUUGUUGCACAAUCGAUUGAGUAUCCAACUCGUGACACAAUCGAUUGAGUAUCCAACUCGUGACACAAUCGAUUGAGUAUCCAACUCGUGACACAAUCGAUUGAGUAUCCAACUCGUGACACAAUCGAUUGAGUAUCCAACUCGUGGUACAAUCGAUUGAGUAUCCAACUCGUGACACAAUCGAUUGAGUAUCCGACUCGUGACACAAUCGAUUGAGUAUCCGACUCGUGACACAAUCGAUUGAGUAUCCAACUCGUGGUACAAUCGAUUGAGUAUCCGACUCGUGGUACAAUCGAUUGAGUAUCCAAGUCGUGACACAAUCGAUUGAGUAUCCAACUCGUGACACAAUCGAUUGAGUAUCCAACUCGUGACACAAUCGAUUGAGUAUCCAACUCGUGACACAAUCGAUUGAGUAUUCAACUCGUGACACAAUCGAUUGAGUAUCCAACUCGUGACACAAUCGAUUGAGUAUCCAACUCGUGGUACAAUCGAUUGAGUAUCCAACUCGUGGUACAAUCGAUUGAGUAUCCAACUCGUGGUACAAUCGAUUGAGUAUCCAAGUCGUGACACAAUCGAUUGAGUAUCCAACUCGUGACACAAUCGAUUGAGUAUCCAACUCGUGACACAAUCGAUUGAGUAUUCAACUCGUGACACAAUCGAUUGAGUAUCCAACUCGUGACACAAUCGAUUGAGUAUCCAAGUCGUGACACAAUCGAUUGAGUAUCCAACUCGUGACACAAUCGAUUGAGUAUCCAACUCGUGACACGAUCGAUUGAGUAUCCAACUCGUGGUACAAUCGAUUGAGUAUCCAACUCGUGGUACAAUCGAAAUAUUUCUUGUAGAGCAUUUUAGUUUCCAUUCCCCCCCCCCCAAAAAAAAAAAUGUUCAAGGCUAGAAAGAUGCUGUAGAUUUACAACACAAUUGUUCGCAAUGCACUUUUAAAAUAGGAAAGAAAGUUUGUGUGAGAGAGGAAACACUAACACCUCCACCACGUAGCCCUGCACUUCCGCUCUAGUAGAUAAGAAUGAAGUGAUCAAGUGACGAUAAGAAAGAAGUGAUCAAGUGACGUUAAGAAAGAAGUGAUCAAGUGACGAUAAGAAAGAACUGAUCAAGUGUCGAUAAGAGAGAAGUGAUCAAGUGAUGAUAAGAAAGAAGUGAUCAAGUGACGAUAAGAAAGAAGUGAUCAAGUGAUGAUAAGAAAGAAGUGAUCAAGUGACGAUAAGAAAGAAGUGAUCAAGUGAUGAUAAGAAAGAAGUGAUCAAGUGAUGAUAAGAAAGAAGUGAUCAAGUGAUGAUAAGAAAGAAGUGAUCAAGUGUCGAUAAGAGAGAAGUGAUCAAGUGAUGAUAAGAAAGAAGUGAUCAAGUGACGAUAAGAAAGAAGUGAUCAAGUGACGUUUACUUGGACAAGAAUCAAUGGCUAUGUGUUAGGGCAUAACCUUUUAGACAAUGCCUUGAUGACCAUGCUAACAUAGACAGAAACAUUGUCAUAUGAUAAAUUUUGAUAAUGAUCCAGAAUUUAAUGGACCAGCUGGUGUACUGCCAAGUAUUCAACUGUUCUCAAAGUAGUCAUGUGUGCAGGGACUAAAUUUGGUUUUAGCCGAAGGAAAUUAAAAUCACAGAAUUACCUCGACACCAAAAGAAAAUUGUUACACUUCUCAUAUUGUGUUGUGACGUCUCUAAUAUUUUAUUUUUUUUUUCUCCGGUGUGUUUAUAUGAUUACACAUUCGUACUACAUUUGACAUUACUUUGACAUGUCUGUCUAUUUUCAUUAUGUUCGUAACUCAGUUGAAGUGUCUGAGUUAGGACGCAAUCUUUUUGUAUUUAUUGUAUUUAUUAUUUCAUUGGAAAUGCUUUUCUUGUUCAUAAAUGUAAACUUGAAUCAAGUAUCAGUAUUGCCUAAAUUAAACAUCUUGUCACUAGAUCACCAACCGUAUGUACAAGAUACGUAAGCUACACACACACACAGACUCCAAACAAAAACUGUGGCUUCAAAUGACACUGUUUUUAAACGUCAAGAUUAGAGUUUCCAGAUUAUUUUGUUUUGCUUUAAGAAAAACAAAAAUCGAAGGUGUUUAACAGUUUCCCAAUCAAUAAAUCUCUACAAUUUAAUCAAGUAAACACAGAAAUUAAACAUAGACAAUAAAUUUUACAUUUCGAUUUUGGACAAACGGAUCAAUUGUAAACAUCAUACAAAUACAGACUUACAGAAACAAGAUUUCGAUAGUCUUAAAGAGUGUCUAUGUCAAAAUUCAGAAGAAAAUCAUUUUGGUUAAACGUUUGUCAUUAGGCCUACACAUCUAGUUAGCAACAUUGAGUUCACGUCAUGGGGUGCGGAUAUUUUCAGCCUUGUUUUUAGACUAGGGCUAGGCUACUAGAUCUGUACAUGGCUGAAAUGUUUUGUCAAACAAUAAUCUGUUGCAUUGGUUCAAAUUUCACUUUUUUUUUUAUCUCGAGAUAAGAUCUUCAUUCUCCAAAAUAAAAUAAUCGUCUGUUUA